AUCUCAAAAAACAACCCUUAAUCGUCACCACAAACGUCACUCAUCAAGCAUGUGGAUAAAUCACUAUAAAUAAGCCAUACUCCACAAACAAUCCCCAUCACAUGCAUGCAACAAACACUUACCAUAAAUAUAUUCACGAUCACCAAGAAUAUAACACCACAACAAAUUCAUAACCUCCUCAAGUUUGUUUAUCCCAAGGUCACUUGCUACACUUAAACUUUGAGAAUCACGCGCCACCUUUUAUGGAGGAGCAAAAGCCUCAUUUCCUCAUAGUGACCUUCCCUGCCCAAGGCCACGUCAACCCGGCCCUCCAAUUCGCUAAGCGGCUAUUACGAACUGGGGCUCAUGUCACCUUCUCCACCGCCGCCUCCGCCCAUCGUUGUUUCGACAAGGCCAAAAUUCCUAGUGGCAUGUCUUUUGCUACGUUCUCCGAUGGGUAUGACGCCGGUUUCAGAGCCACUGACGGAGAUGUCCUAGACUACCUUUCGACAUUCCGCCAGCGCGGGGCCGAAACUCUGGCAACGCUACUCGAAAAUAGCGUUGCCGAGGGGAGGCCGGUAACAUGCUUGGUGUACACACUCCUCUUACCGUGGGUAGCCGAGGUGGCGCGUAAGUUUCACGUGCCAUCUGCGCUACUAUGGAUACAACCUGCCACAGUUUUUGAUAUCUAUUACUACUAUUUUAAUGGGUAUCAUGACAUCAUUUAUGACUGCGAGAAAGACCCCUUAUGGUCCUUAGAAUUACCAAACUUGCCAUUAAAGCUCAAAUCCCAUGAUAUCCCUUCAUUCCUUUUACCUUCUAAUCCUUUUCUUUACACCUUUGCCCUCCCUACAUUUGAAGAGCAAAUGGAAGAGUUAGAUAAAGAAGAGAAACCAAAGAUUCUUGUGAAUACUUUUGAGGCUUUAGAAGUUGAUGCAUUAAAGGCUAUUGAAAAAUUUAAAUUAAUUCCUAUUGGUCCCCUCCUUCCUCCCACCUUCUUUAAUGGAAAGGACCCCUCCGAUAAGUCUUUCGGAGGGGACCUUUUCCAAAAAUCUAAUAAUUCGGAUUACAUGAAAUGGCUCGAUUCCCAAGAGGAAUAUUCGUCCGUAAUUUAUGUGUCAUUUGGUAGCAUCUCGGUGCUAUCCAAGACACAGAUGGAGGAGUUAGCCAAAGCUCUUAUACAGAUCCACAGGCCGUUUCUGUGGGUCAUUAGGGAAAAUGAGAAGGAUGAGAAGGAUUUACAUGAAGAACAUAAUGAGAGUGAAUUGAGUUGCAUGGAGGAGCUCAAGGCACUAGGGUUAAUAGUGCCUUGGUGCUCCCAAGUGGAGGUCUUAUCUCACCCUUCAAUAGGGUGCUUCGUGACUCAUUGUGGAUGGAACUCGACACUGGAGAGCCUAACAUCUGGCGUCCCCAUGGUUGGAUUCCCACAAUGGACAGAUCAAACAACGAAUGCUAAAUUGAUUGAAGAUGUGUGGAAGAUUGGGGUCAGGGUAAAGGUUAGUAAAGAAGAAGGUGGAUUGGUAAAGAGUGAGGAGAUUAAGAGGUGUUUGGAGGUUGUUAUGGAGAGUGAGGAGAUGAAAGAGAAUGCUAAGAAUUGGAAGGAAUUGGCUGUUGAAGCUGCUAAAGAAGGUGGAUCUUCUGAUAGGAAUUUGAAGGCUUUUAUGGAGGAAUUGUUGAAUGUUGAUUGCAAAAAACCAUGAAUAUAGUGAAAAGUGUUUUUAUGCAUGGUAUGUUAAGCAAUUUUACGUAAGAGAAGAAACAACUUACCUAGCGGAAUAUUAUGAAGUCGAUACUCAUAGUCCAUAUAAUCCAUUAUUAUUAGCAUUAAUUACUAGCUUAACUAUCUCCUCUUUAUUAAAAAUUAUUUCUAGCUUAACUAGCUGGUCUCGUUUGAACGAAUAAUGAUUAGAGCAAUUCUAAUGGUGAGUCUUAGAGACUUGCUAGGAAAUAAAAGAAAAGUUAAGCAAUUAUUUCAAUUAUUAGAGUGAGUAGCUGAAAUUUCAUUUGCUAGCCAAUCUAGCUUAAUUAGCCGGUCUCUUUUGCACGAAUUAAUGAUGGUUAGUUUCUAAGUCUUCUUGCUGGUUUCCUGCAUGAGAUGAUUCUUCAUCUUUAUGCACGUUGGUUACUUAGAUUCAUCUCUUUGGCAAUUGUAAAAAUGUAAGUGUUGAAGUUUUGAAGUUAAUAUAUAUGGUAAUUUCUUUUUCCA